AUGUGCCCGGUCCUCCGCCUCUCCGGGACCACGACGAACUACACCAUCAUCAAUGUAGCUCGGACGGAGAGGAAUGCCGUGCUCCACGUCGUCGAUCUCGGCGGAGCUGACGCCGCUCAGUGGCUUCUAGUCCUCCUCCUCUUUGCCAAGCGUCUGGGAGCGGGCGCACAUAACCAAAUCCUCCGUCUGACCAUUGUCAACGAGGAGGACGAGUUCCUAUCCGUCACACGUGGGCUCCUCGCCUGGGAAGCCGAGAGCCUGCACAUCGGCUUCCAGUUCCACCCGGUGAAACUCCACAUCAAUCAGCUGCUCAGCAUCGAGCCCCUCAAUUUCAUGAGCGACGAAGCACUAGUCAUCGUCUCCACCCUACAGCUCCACCGUCUGCUCGCCGACGAGUUUGUAGAAGUGGCUGCUCAUCCUCACGACAGGAAAGGAAAAGUACAGGCCCAUGCUACAAUGACGAGGGCCGACGCGCUCCUCCGCGACCUAGCGGAGCUAUCGCCGAAGCUCAUGUUGGUGACGGAGCAGGAGGCCGACCACAACGACGAGUUCAUGGGCCGGUUCGACAAUGCGCUCAACUACUACGGGGCCCUGUUUGAUGCCCUGGAGGAGAGCAUACCUGCACGCGGGUUGGCAAUCGAGCGGUCGGACAUGGAACGAUGCCUGCUCCUGCAAGAGAUCAGGGAUAUCGUUGCAUGUGAUGGCGCGCAGCACCGGGAGCGCCAUGAGCGGAUGGUGAAGUGGGCGGAGCGGAUGAAGGCCGCCGGAUUCGCGUCUGCGGCGAUGAGCGCAGACGCAGUGGCGCAAACGGUGAUGCUGGGGCAGAUGGUGACCGGCUGCAGGAGGGAGUACAGGGUUUCUAGUAAGAAGGAUCUGUGCUUCUUCAUCCACUGGUGCGACAUCCCGUUGUUCUCUGUCUCGACCUGGCGUGCGGUGUGA